CAACCACGGUCGUCGCCUUCUCUCGCCCAUAGUUUAGGUUAUCGCUGCCAUACGUGCCGUCACGACUAACUUCCAUCUACACAAUAAAUUAGCAUCAUCGGUGAAUUAUAUUUUACUCCUUCAUAAUUUUAGUUGAUCUGCCUUUCCAUCACCGAUCGUAGAGUAGGCUUAUCAUGAGGCGCUUUCGGAUCAAGCUUCCCCGACUGUUUCUCCUAGCCCUUCCGGUGAUAAUGUGUGUCGUCGUCAUACUAGGCUACGCCGCUCUGUCAGCACUAACAACAACAACAACAACAAGAACAGUUCAAGACACGACUGAGCCCAUCCAAAUGGUCCAGAAGAAAUACGACGUCCAUGUCGUCACCCCAGCAGCGUGGCCACGUUUCAACGCCAUCCCCACCGCCCGGAACACCAAAUACAUCGCCCAAGAAGUGCCCGGGCCAGUGGAGAAAGGUUUGCCCGGCAGGUGGCAACAUCGGCGGGGUAACGUGGGCAUGACUAGCUACAAGACCUCAAUCAUCUCGCCGACAAGCCCAGCAAAUGUCACGGAAGGGGAGAUGUUUCGAAUAAUGAUUGAGGCUCGUGACAAGUCCAAUCAACCGCGGACUAUGGGCGGGGAUUUCUGGUACGCAACCCUCGCCACCAAAGGGGGAGGCAGCACGUCGGGCCGAGUGCUGGACCACGCCAACGGCUCGUACAGCGUCUACUUCUUCGCUGGCUGGUCCGGUAAGGCUAGCAUACACAUCACUAUGGUGCACCCCAGCGAGGCCGUGGAUUAUCUCGUGCAGACGGUUUGGAACGCCUACGACCGCAUCAACUGGCUUGGCAGGUUCGAGGACGGUGUGAAUAAGUCCACCACUUCCUGUGUGCUCAGACGAGGAGGACCUUGGACUGGGAAAUGCGAGCUUUCGCACCCGUACGCGCUGGGGAAAACGGUGCUCCUCUGCGGCGAACCCGCGCACGGACUGAAAUGCGACUCGUUGGUGGCAGUCUACAAUAACAACACACGGAUCCGCGAGAGGGCGCGCGAGCUGUCCAAGGGAAGAGGAGACUUAUUUCAAGGCGAAUACUACUCACGUAGACUGAGCACGAAAACCAUCGAAAUCGCGAAUGACUCAAGAAAAGACCAGCUUCUGAAACAAUUACCCGAGUGCGAACCGGACCAGCCUAAACCUCUCAGCUCGGGCUACUGGCGGGACUCUAAAACAUGGGUAUCCUUAGCCUGCCGAACCAAACAGUGGAAGGUGCCCAGGGACAUCGGCAGGUGUCUGGUGAAUAAGACGGUGUACCUGCUUGGCGACUCCACGUCUCGUCAGUGGUAUGAGCUCCUCUCGGGAAUGCUGGGGGUUCCCUUCGUCAGGAAGGACAACCUGGAGCAGAACAACAUCUACCGACACUUUGAUGAAUUUAACUUGACCACAGUUUUUAAAUUUCAUCCGUUGUGCUUGACAAGAAACCCCAGACCCACACCCUUCAACCUUUUCAGUUUCGAGGUGGAUGUCCUGGACGCCUUAAAAGACAAGAGUUGCAAUUAUGUCAUCUUGAUAAGUCCUUGGGCGCACUACCCUCAGUGGACUAAAGACAUGUUUCUGGAACGAGUUUCCCUGUUACGGGAGGCUCUUCUAAGAUUCCGGGCUAGAUGCCCCAAUGCUCCAGUCGUUGUCAAGGGCUCACACCCUAGAGAUCAGCCAGGCUUAGAAGGCCGAAUAUUCUACAACAACUUCAUGCUGUAUCAAUUGGGCAAAAUCUUGCGAGAAACUUUUCAAGGAACGGCAGCGUGGUUUUUAGACAUCUGGGACUUGAACAUGGCCUACCCAGCCUCAAAAAUGGUGCACAUGCCAGAGGAAGUCGUCAAACAGGAACUUAGUAUGUUUUUGUCCUACGUGUGUCGUAAACUUCAGUAGAACUCAUCGGAGUUUAAAAGGAUCAACAGUUUUUAGCAAUAACUGUAAGGUAACGUUUGUUAUCGCAUAUUAAAACAUACCACGUAUACGAGAAAAGUGUAAUUUUUUUGAGUUUUUACAAUUGGCGACCCUUUUAUCGAAGCUCGGGACGAUGAAGAUAAUUGGUUGGUUAAAUAAAAAUGCUUAAGAGAUUACCAACUAGAAAAUACUCAAAGAGCGCACUUGACCUCCGCCAAGGCUAAACAAUUCCCCAAUAUAUUGCUAGUAUAGGCCUACAUCCAACGAGAGGAACUUUUAACAUGCCCAAUCAUGUUCUGAAAUCAAAGGGCAGAAAGACUCUGUAUUUAUGUGUAUUGUUCACUUGUUGAAUACAGAAUUAUCAAAAUUGUGCAUUAAGCAGAAUUGUGCCAUUUCCAUAGGGUCACUGUUUACGUACAUUAAGGUCUUAAACAGGGGCUCGCUAGCAAUGACUUUAACAUACACGGCCUGUCACUUGCACUGUGUGUACAGUAUAUGGCCCAGAAAUGGACGGGUCAAUUAGGGUU